AUGACAAUCUUGGGCAAAGUCAACCAUUUGGUCGGUUCGAAGACCAAUGACCUGGAGGACUCCAGGGUCGAAGACCCGAACACCCCGGUUGCCAUGGAGGCGAAGGCCGGCGACAACAAAGAGUACGGGGCUGGAUAUACGGGAGAAGCAAAUGAAGUGAACGCCCAUGACGAGAAAACUCCUGAUGAGAACGCCCAAUCCGGUGUGCAAAAAAUCGAGGCUGUGACUUUGACCUGGUCGAAGACAUCCCUGGCCACGAUAUUGAUCCUAAUCUGGAUUCUCACGUUGGUCAAUGGAUUCAAAUCUUCCAUUACCUACAGCUUGACCCCCUAUGUCACCAGCGAUUUCAAGGCCCAUUCACUUCUGACGGUCAUUGACAUCGUCGCCAAGGCAAUCACCGGAGCGGUGUAUAUUCCCAUUGCUAAAAUAUUGGAUAUCUGGGGCCGUGCUGAGGGCUUCCUUCUCAUGCUCGGUUUCUGUGUCCUAGGCAUGAUUCUUAUGGCCGCGUCCUACAAUCUGGAAACAUAUUGUGCUGCUCAGGUCUUUUACUCGAUCGGUUUUGGUGGCCUCGGCUAUUGCUGGGAUGUGCUUGCAACUGAUGUGACAAGCUUGCGAAACCGAGGCUUGGCAUUCGCCUUCACCUCGUCUCCGGGUUUAAUCACUGCAUUUGCGGGAUCUAGAGCUGCUGAGGGGUUCCUGUACAACGUCAACUGGCGCUGGGGCUUUGGUUGCUGGGCAAUUAUCUUCCCCGCCGUGGGCUUGCCAAUCUACGCGCUGUUGGCAUAUCAGUUGAACAAGGCCAAGAAACAAGGCCUUGUCACCCCAAGAGUCAGAAGUAAUCGAAGUUUCGCCGAGAUGAUCAAGCAUGUUAUCAUCGAGUUUGAUCUACCUGGUGUCAUCCUACUCGGAGGUGGCUUUGUCGUGUUCCUUCUACCUUUCACCCUGGCUAGCUCCUCACCUCACGGGUGGAAAACUGGGUACAUCAUUGCAAUGAUUGUGGUUGGCUUUGUGUCCAUCGUUUUCUUCUUUCUCUAUGAGGUUUACCUGGCACCGGUUCCGUUCCUGAAGAAUCGCUUCCUCCUCAACCGCACCGUCUUGGGAGCAUGCCUUUUGGACUUCACGUACCAGAUCUCGUACUACUGCUACGCCAGUUACCUGACGUCAUUCCUCCAAGUUGUUUACAACCUCUCCGUGGCCGAUGCUGGAUACGUCGGAAACAUCUUCAGUGUGGUUUCAUUCGUGUUCCUGUUCAUCGCCGGCUAUCUCAUUCGCCUUACUGGACGUUUCAGAUGGAUUUUGUUCAUUUGCGUUCCGCUCUAUAUUUUCGCGCUGGGACUGAUGGUCCACUUCCGUCAGCCGAACGGAUAUAUUGGAUACAUUGUCAUGUGUGAGAUUUUCUUCUCGAUUUCUGGAGGUAUUUUUAUUCUCUGCGUUCAGCUUGCUGUCCUGGCUUCCGUCGAUCAUCAGCAUGUGGCUGCGGUGCUCGCUUUCUUGUUUGUCAGUGGAAGUAUUGGUGAUGCCGUGGGAAGUGCUAUUUCUGGAGUCAUUUGGACAAACACCUUUGAGAAGGCUCUUAUGCGCUACCUCCCAGAAUCUGCGAUGCCAGAGGUUGCUACAAUCUACGCCAGCUUGCCUGCACAGCUCGCCUAUCCAGUCGGAAGCCCGGAGCGACUUGGAAUUCAGCUGGCUUACGGAUACGCACAGACCAGAAUGCUUGCUGCUGGUACUGCCAUCAUGGUCUUGGGCUUUGUCUGGGUUGCAAUGAUGAAGGAUCUCAACGUCAAGAAGAUGACACAAACGAAGGGCACCGUGCUUUAA